CAUAUUCUCCUGAUAGGGGGUAUAAGGUUCCAGUCUUUCUGAAGAUCAAAAUCACACCACACCGUUUGUUGUCUUCAAAAUCUCGAAUUCCCAUUAAAGCUACCCGCAUUCCUCCUCCUCCCUUGUCACACCCUCUCAUAGGACACCUGCAUGUAGCGCCCCAUUCAAUCCAUCAGGAGAGAAAUUCCAUCCCCGCGUUGAUCGGUGCUCCUCCAUUCCUCGACGGCCCGUUGUGACGACCGCUGCGGGGGUGUGCUCUGGACCGCUGCCUCGUUUACAGAUAUGCCCUGGCGGCCUCUGCCUCGAAUCGCCUUUGCCGUCGCCAUCUAUCCCUUCCAGCCCUCGACCCCGGCCGAUUUACCCCUAGAGCUUGGCGAUGAGCUAUACAUUAUUGAACAGGGAGGGAACGAUGGCGAAUGGUGUCGCGGCUACUUGGUUGCUCCGCCCUCUUUACUGGCGGGCCUAACGAGCAUUAAAGGUCAGACGCUCGAGGCCAGAGUCUUUUCGGGGAUUUUCCCCCGCAAUUGCGUGGAGAUUCGCGAGGUCCUAGGCGACGGAGACAAAGCUUUGACGAACGGAGACCUGUCAAUUGGGGACCCCACGGAGGAGGUGGAGGCGGAUUUGAGGAGCAGUAUAGCCUCCUUCCAGGAUGAUGAACAUCUCUCGGGCGAGGUAUCUGCUGUGGUCAUUGUAAAGAAAGAGAAGCCUUCCCAAAUUUUCAUUCAGAAGACAGAUGACGAUGAUCAAACCACUCCGCGCGCCCUCCAGAAUAGCCCCUUUCGAACGGGUCCCCUCCCCCUCACACCGGUCAGCCUGCCACUUCGGGACCCUGACGCACCCAAGCCAGCAGCCCCGGUGCCGAUGCUUAAAAUCGGGGACGAAACCCCGACCUCGCUUUCGGAACCCCUAGUUGAUGAAAUCGCGUCUUGCUUGCGGGAAUGGCAUUCAACCAAUCUGCACGAGCUGCUGCUCUCCCAGCAGUAUCCAGUUGUGGAAGAAAUGUCAAAUAUCGUCCAAGAACUCGACUUUGCCAGGAGACAACUUCUGUACAAUGUUCUCACGGCGCAAGAGAAGGAGGCACUACGGCAUGAAGUGGUCUGGAAGCUCGUGCGAGGAAAUAAGCUGCUGGGUGGCGAGGUUAUUGUGAGAGAUCCAGACCAGAGGGGCCGCUUGUUGACCGGCGACGAUUCCGCUGUCCAACUCGCAAAGCUCCAGUCCGAGAUGAGCAUGCUCGACAGUAGCCCCACACAGGCAUCGGAUGCGGCUGCGCUCCAUAAUUUGCUCCUAGAGGUCAAUGCGGUAUCUGGGAAUACCCCAGGUCCAGUGACGUUGGCUGUUCACUUGUGCUCUCAGUCAGAGACGGGCGUUCUCAAACCCUUAUCAGAGACCUACAUCUUGGACAUUCCGUCACCCGAACAAUUUGCCAAUUCAGGACAAACCACCAAGUUGAAGACUCUCUUUACGGAAUUGAGCAGUACUGAUAUCGGCGAUGGUUCUACCAACGGACCCAAGCUGUAUCUGGUUGUGAGCGUUCGAGCCCCAGAAAUUGCAUCAUCUACUGCUGCUGUUCCUGCGCCGCCAGCCCCUACUGCUUCGCGGGACAGCCCCCCUCCCGUCAAACAGCCAGCACCAUCGAAUCACUCUAGCAAGUCUGGCCUCAAGACUCGCCGCAGCAUGAUGUGGUCGUCCUCCAAACCGAGAGGCCUCCAAAGCUCUGAUCAGCCCAAGGAAAGCCCGAGGCCACCGCCUCAGUCUUCCGGAAGCACAGCCAGCAACAAGGAAAGACCACCUCCACCGGUCAAGGAGUCUACCCAGAUUCGUACGAUUGGAGUGGGCCUUUUAGAAGUCUCUCAGAUUCUCCGGCAAGAUAAGGACGCCGAGCAAGUAAUCAAUAUCUGGUCUCCUUCUGAGCAAAACGAAGACGGAGAAGGUUACACGGAUGGUUUUGAUGUAUUAAUCCGCUCCUUACUACCCAGCCCGAGCGGCAAGUAUGUGAGAUCCCCACGGGCCGCCCGCCUUCAUCUCCAUCUCUAUUCCUAUGUCGACUCCGAUCCAGAUGCGUUAAUUCGCAGAAAUCCUACCAUCAUGCACAACAUCGUUCAAACCAAGCGAAUCGGCUUCUCCCAGGCGCCAACUAAGGCGAGAUCUGACAUCUAUGUGACCGUCUCCCACGCUACGUUCCCCCCCGAGGCACUUCUUUCUCACCCCCAAUCAGGUCAAGUCCCGAUGCCAUCCUAUAGUGGGCUUCGCAAUCUGCAGUUAACCCUCGAGGUCCGCACGGCAUCAGGAGCUCGAGUAGACAGAUGUGUCUUUGCUUCAUCCAACAACGCCGCACACACCGCAUGGAGAACCACCAUCACGGCGCGGGGAACGCCAUGGGAUCAGACUAUCCGCCUCAAUAUCCCCACAGACCAAAUUCCAGGGUCCCACCUGAUUAUGAGCAUUGCAGAUGCACCCGAGUUCCCAUUUGCCCUUUCUUGGAUGCCUCUAUGGGACAAUCAGGCUUUUAUCCGAGAUGGCCCCCAUUCUCUACUUCUACAUGCCUAUGACAAGCACACCUCGAGUAUUGAGAAUGGAAAAGGCGCCUAUCUAGCGCUCCCUUGGAGCGCCCUGGGGAAAAACGAGUCCGCCAAGGAUGAGGCUCUGACCGGACCCCUAGCUACGCUUCACCUCGACACUCAUUUAUGCAGUACUGAAUAUUCCCAGGAUCAGGUGAUACUUAGUUUACUGAGCUGGAAAGAACGACCUGUGGCAGAAAUCUUGGAUACCCUCAAGCGAGUUCUUUUCGUCCCCGAGAUUGAGAUUGUCAAGCAACUGAGCGGGGUUUUCGACGCACUAUUCUCUAUUCUCGUUGAAAAUGCGGGUAAUGAAGAGUAUGAGGACCUUAUCUUCAAUAACCUCGUUACCGUUCUUGGGAUCGUUCACGAUCGACGAUUCAACCUCGGCCCAUUAGUUGACGACUACACGGAGAACCGAUUCAAUUUCCCUUUUGCUACGCCGUGCCUUAUUCGAAGCUAUCUUCAUCUCUUGCAGGCACAUUCCGACCCGCAGCAGUCACGGAAUCUUCGCGCUACCUUCAAAGUUGGGCGGCAUAUCCUUAAAUUCAUUAUCAAUGCUCGACAGCAGCAAAAGUUGAAGGAGGAAGGAAUCGGCAUUACUCGGGUUCAGUCCACGUUUAAUCGGGACUUGCAUACAAUUUUCAAGUCCUUGGAGGCCCUGAUGAAAAAUCCGUCUCCUGCCAUGGUCGGAAGUAAAACUCUCGUGGUCCAACACUUUCACACCUGGCUACCAGAACUCUCAAAAGUACUCGGGAGGGACGAGAUGAUCAUGAUCGCGCUCAGUUUUAUGGAUUCAUGCAACGAUGUUAAAGGAAUGUUGGUAUUGUACAAGCUAGUGCUCAUUCAGCACUACACUCGCUUAGAUAUCUUCCGCUCUGGCUCCGAGAGGCAGAGCCUCGCUUCCAGCUGUAUCGGCUGGCUCGACCCGUACUGGGGGGCUACUGGUACAGUCACCGAUCAGUAUCGCGACCAAGUCCGUUUAGCGUGUGCAAUUGUUGCAGAACUGUUGACGCAGCCAGAACGCCAUCUUUAUGCGUUCAUGCCUAAAAUCGUCUCGUCAUACUAUUCGAUCAUUCCGGAUGGCGUGGAUGACACCAACUACCUCUCUCUUCUGUUCAGCAAAUCAUUCCCUUUCCAGCUCAAAGCAUCCAAAACGAGUCAAAAGUUCGACGAGGUGCUGGUGGAAUUAUCCGCCAUCAUGGCAGCCACAGCCGCGGUGCCUAAUCCAAAAGCACCACGAUUAAAGGGCCUGGAACUCUCCAACUUUCUUUCUCAAGCACUCGACGUCCAUAACUCCAUUCUGAAUUGCGAGCCGUACCCCGAAAGCUGGUUUAGCACCCAUGUUUACAACCACCGCGCGACGGUGAAGAGUCUUGAGUUCCUAGCCUCACUCUUGAUCAAUAAAUUGCUUCCAGCUCCCGAUGAUGCAGAAACAUUCGAUACUCGACUUUGGGAAUAUUUCUUUGUUACGUUGCUCAAGGUCGUUUCCAGUGAUGCCCUGGCCCUUGAAACUUUCCCAGAGCAAAAGCGACGCACCAUCUGGAAGAUCGCUGGCGAUGUUCGAGAACAAGGCGCAGACCUCCUCCUCUCAGCCUGGGAAGCGAUUGGGUGGGAGAGCACUGAUGAAGAGAGAGCGCGGUACGGCUUGAGAAGGUUGGGUGGCUACCAGGUACAAUACGUACCAGGGCUUGUGGCUCCGAUUAUUGAACUUUGCCUUAGUGUCCAUGAAGGACUACGCCAUGUCGCUGUCGACAUCUUGCGCACCAUGAUUCUCAGUGAAUGGAGUCUUAAUCAAGACCUUUCUAUCAUAGAGACCGAGAUUAUCUCCAGUCUUGACAACCUCUUUAAAACAAAAAACAUGAACGAGAGCAUCAUACAGAAACUCUUUAUUGGAGAGCUUCUCGAUCGCUUUGAAGGUUGUUCUGCCUUUGACGAAAACCUAUCGAAUGCGGUCAGAGCUCUUAUUGCGACCGUGGAUGAGCUCUUGGAUCUGUUUGUGGCCUCCCAAGGAGGCUCCAUGGCGGAGAGUCUACACACGCUUCGUCUGAUGGAGUACAUGAAAGAUAUGGGCCGCGAGGAUAUCUUCAUCCGUUACGUUCAUGAGCUAGCUCAAGUCCAGGCGUCAGCAGGCAAUUCCACGGAAGCUGGUCUCGCCCUCCAAUUCCAUGCGGACUUGUAUGACUGGGACGCCAACCGGUCUGUCCCUGAGCUUUCUAACCCAGCGUUCCCCGAGCAAACCUCCUUUGAAAGAAAGGAAGCCUUGUACUUUUCGAUUAUUCAACACUUUGAAGACGCAAAAGCAUGGACCCAUGCGCUGGCUUGUUACAAGGAGCUUGCGAUACACUAUGAGGAUACCGUGAUGGAUUUUGCUAAACUUUCGAGAGCCCAAAGCUCCAUGGCAAAGAUCCAUGAGUCUAUUGCUAAGGAAGACAAGCAGUUCCCACGAUACUUCCGCGUUAUGUACAAAGGCCUUGGCUUCCCUCCUACCCUCCGAGACAAGGACUUUAUUGUUGAAUGUGCCCCAAGCGAACGAAUGGCUACGCUUAUCGACCGUAUGCAGAAAGAGCACCCUGCUGCGCAGGUUGUAUCUUCCGGUGAGGUUCAUGAUUACGAAGGUCAAUUUCUCCAUAUUAGCCCUGUCAGUGUACAUCGGGAUAUGAACCACCCGGUGUACCAGCGAUCCAAAGUUCCAGCAUCAGUGAGGGAUCAUCUCUUGAUUUCCGAACCCACUCGCUUCGCCUCCACGCUAAAGAGACAUAUCCGCGACGUAGAUAUUCAAGAACAAUGGGUGGAAAAGGUCAUUUUCACAACAGCAGAGCCGUUCCCUAAUAUCCUUCGCCGGAGCGAAGUGGUUUCGACUGAAGAGGUUGCGCUCACCCCACUCCAAACCGCCCUAGAGCGGACAUGGCGCAAGACUCAGGAGCUAUACUUGCUCUACAGACGUGCAGUUUCGGGUGAAGAUAUCGGUUUGACGAAUUUGACCGAGGCUCUGGGGCAACUGCUCGAGCUCAGAUCAUCCUCCCCAAGCUGCGUCGCCCACUAUCGUCAGUUCCUAUCCGAUGAGGAUGAAGAGGAUGAAGAGGAAGCCAAUACACCGAAGCCGGUCGAUCCUAUGAAGAAAGCCCUAGCUGUUGCCCUUGUCGAUCAUGCUAUGGCAAUCAAACACGCCCUCACUAUGUACUCCCGCCCAGCGCAUCAAGCUACGCAGGCCGAGUUGUCCCGUCGUUUCGAAGAAGAAUUCGCGCCCGAGCUCUUAUCUCUCCGACCUGCAGAAGUGACAACGUCCCAGCUGCCCCGACAUCAGUCUCCUAAUUCCUUGGAGAGUCGUCAGAUCUCUGCUCUCCCGCGGUCUAUGAGUCCGGAGCAGGGGUUAAUUCGCGCUUCUAGGAAGAACAGCCAAGUCCGUCGACAUCACUCACAAAGACACUCCGUUAGCCAUCGAAUCAGUAUAAUGAACCCGUUCAAGCGUUCCAACCACACGGCAAGCAACUCUGUUGCCACAGUGCAGGGACAGCCAACCGGCAAAGUUAAUGGGCACACUGCCCAGGGCGAUGAUACGGGCGACCGUGAUGAUGAUGCUGCUACAAUUCACAGUCGGACAACCAAUCGUUCGCGGGACACAACCCAUAAAAGACGAAGUUUCUUCGGGGAAGUUCUACACAAGCACGCGUCAUCGCUAUCUAUGAGUGCCAGCAUUACUGGUGAUGACUCUAGGUCGCAGAAGAGACAACGAUCUCGAAGCGCGUCGCGUGAUACAACAACAGCAAAGUCUAUGGAGAAUGUCAGCCGUACCCCCUCUCGUCACAAUGGAGCCCCGGUAGAGGAUAUACCGACGCCGAUAGUCGCCAGCCCUAAAGGAGGCUGGUCGACGAUCCCCUCAGUGAUUGAGCAUCCGCGUCCAGUAACACGGAGUAGUGCUGCUUCCGUUCGGAGUCCAGAGCUUCGAAGUCCUGCCAGUCAAACUUAUGCUGCUUCAAAUGGAGGCGGUGUCCGCGAUUCCGUCUUGAAACGAUUGAGCCUGCUAAAGGGAGUCGGUCGGAAAACCAGUCGUCUCGAUUUCAGGAACGACCCGGCUGUCAAUGAGGAGUAACAUUCCUUUUACUCAAUUUUUUUUUUUUUUUUUUUUUUUUUUUCAUUUCUUGCUUCUGAUUCUCCGGGGAGGUUUUUCAGUUUCGCCAUUGUAAUGUCUGGACAUUAAUCUUCUUUGAACCUUCCUUUCUCAUUCCAUUUUUAGCAUU